UUGGGUUGUGUUGCCCGUGAUUGGAACUUGGACCCGCCAUCGUUAUCCUCAUCAGGAUCCUGGAGGGAAGGUAAACUGGACCCGAGAGACGCCCCACUCCCACAGCUCAAUGCUGCGAUGCGGUGUCCUGGAUGUACACAGAAAAGUUGGCAGAGUUGAGAACGGUGUCAGGGCCGAAGUGAUUUAGAAAUGUCUGACUGCGCAUUUUAAAAGGACGAGAAACACAUCUUGACCACACUGGAAUGGUUUGCGUAAAAGGCGCAAAGCGCGGAACUUCACAGCCGGAAUUAUGGAUCAUUUAUCCAAACAAAAUCUGUUUGUAGCAGUCAACAACUAACGAUACCUUUCUGAAGGCUGAUGGAAGUUGACAAGAGCGUCGAAAACCAGCUGCAUUCAUGUCCGAGGGAUGUUGUUAAACCCAUGAGUUUAGUCAUGGAUGAUCAUGGAUCCCAUCAGCCCCAUCCACGGAGCUCUGGUCUGAGGGUCUCGACCAAAAGCAGAGCACCAUCCCCGCCAGGACUAAAGAAGCUGGAUUCCCCAGGUUUCUCCCAGUGGUACCCAGGAAACACUCAUUUAACCAUGGACCAGAAGGAGAACCUUAUUGAUAAAGAGCUCUCUCUGGCUGUGGUGCUGCCUGGUGGAGAAGAGAGGAUGACCACAGUCCAUGGAAGCAAACCCCUGAUGGAUCUUUUAGUGACGCUUUGUGCAAAAUAUCACCUGAACCCAUCGAGCCACACCUUAGAACUAGUCACCGCUAACAGGAAGACCACCAAACUCAAGCCCAAUGCUCUCAUAGGAACUUUGGAUGCAGAGAAGAUCAUACUAAAACCUAAAGGGGAGGAUAAAAAUAAGAAGACAGGCCCCCAGAUGCCUGAGGCGACGGUUCGGAUGGUGAUAAACUAUAAAAAGACCCAGAAAACUAUACUGCGAGUCAAUCCUCGAGUUCCUCUGGCUGAACACGUACCAGCCAUCUGCGAGAAAUGUGAAUUUGACCCGGAGACUACAGUUCUGUUGAGAGAUGUCCAAUCACUGGCCCCUUUGGACUUGUCCAGCUCCCUUAAUGAUUAUGCAAUAAGGGAGGUUUAUGCAAGAGACACUAAAGCACAACCUGCUUCUCCUGUGUGUCCAGCCUCGCCAACUCACGCAGGAACAGUCAUGCCAGGAAAAGAUAAAAAUCAGAAAGAGGAAGAAAACAAAGGCCUCUUCAGCAAGUUCAGAAGAAGCAAGAAAAAAUCUGACCAGGCAAUGACAGCCAGUGCCCCAGCUUCUCCUGUGCUUGUGAGCAAGCCUCGACCACUCAGCAUGGCCUUACCUAGCUCAAACUCAUCUCCGCUCAGCUCCCCGACAAUACCCACCGACGUGCCAAAGAAGAGACGCGCACCACAACCCCCAGUCCUCGUGUCUCAGAGCUGCCCCUCGGACCUCAGCACGCGCCGGAGACUCAACUCUGAACCUAACGCCCAACUGGACAGAGACCAGGUGGUUGGUUUGAGUCGUGGGUCCUCAGCAGAGUCUUCACUGAAGAGAACCAAACGCAAAGCUCCUCCACCCCCCACAUCCCCUAGCGCUGCUGUCCAAGAAGCAGUUCCUCUUGACGAAAAUUUGCAAGGGGGUGCAGCUGCUAACACACUGGAGGAGAUUAUGGAGCAAGAGGAGACCACUGUCUCUGUAAGGUCUGCAACUGCUAGUGAUACCCAGGGAGAGGACAGCAGCCUCAACAUGUCUGCUGAUGUUUCGCUGCAUUCCCCGUCCCCAGAGACUGACAAACUGAGCACGAUGUCCGUGGAGGGCAAUGGGGAAGAUCAGUCUCGUGAUCUGUCCUCAGAUGGCAAUCAACUGCAGAGUACAGUGAGCCAUUCUGCAGCGCUGAGUGACGUUAGGACAACUGAUGGCACAGCCUCAUCUGAACCUCCAGAUACUAAUGGUGGUCCAUGCCAAGUUGAAAAUGUAAGCCAGCAGCCCAUCUGCGAAGAGUCUACACCUGAAAGUGUCGAAGGUGGUUGCAGUACUGUACCCAGCAGCCUCCCUCCUCCUGUGAUGCAGGAUGCAGAAGUGCCGGCGCCUGUUCAGGCACAUACUGAAACCCGCUGGGAGCAGACUGACGGCUUUGAGAGCCCAGCGGCCACUAGCACAUCAUGCCCCACUGGAGAGGACGCUCAAGUGCAAACAGAUUUCACACCACCACCUGUGCCUCCACAACAGUGCAUUGACACGGUUCCUCCCUCAGCUAAUGCGCCUGCCUUUGACUCAACGGGGAAGAAAGAUAUGGCCACUUUGACAGAGGAACUGGACCUGCCUGACCUCAAACAUGCCUUAUCCUGCACCUCAGAGACCUCAUCAUGCCAGGACUCAACACCAAUUGCCCCUGCCACAGGAAAGGCACCAUCUAUUUAUGCCACAAACUCUGAGCCAAAGCCCAAGCCUUCCAACGAGCUGACAAGGGACUACAUCCCCAAGGUGGGGAUGACAACGUAUACUAUCAUGCCUCAGAAAUCCCUGGAGAAACUUAGAUAUUUCGAAGUUGCACUGACACUGGAGACGCCUCUUGCAGCUCCAGAAGAGGGACUUAAUACUCGUUCUCUUCAGUUAGAGGAGAACACAGCACUGGGAGAACAGGUCUCAAAGGAAAAACGUGAGCUGCACUCUACUACACCCAGGGAAGACUUGCUGACUAGCACUACUACUACUACUACUACUACUACUACUGCUACUACUAGCACCGCCGCCCAACACACUGUUAAUGGAAGUAUACCUGAAUCCAUUCAUCCCUCAUCACCAAUGAGUUUACCUAAAACAGAUGACAAGAUAUCAUCCUCAGCUGAUGGGGCAUCUCAAUCCCCAGUAAAGGUCAAGGAGAUGAAAAUUCCACCCGCAACUAAACCUAAGCCCGGUUCUUUCCGCUUGGCACAGCACAAAAAAACACCUGGGUAUUAUGUAACUUCAGCAGCUGAAAAGAGUCUCAGUGCCAGUCCAGGCGCUGGCCAGGGGGAGGCUCAAGGAAGUGCAGAGAGAGCACAGUUACCACCACCUCCCCCUCCACCUCCCGUGCAUUGGCAAGAGGAGACGACAGGGGACGCUAAUGUUAAGCUGAGCCCUGAAGUGGAUGGCAAGAAUGAAGCCGUCAAGCGAAUGACUAGGCAAAGUAGUCUGCCAUGUAAAGCGCCAAGUUUUGGGUUAAGCUUGGAAAAAUUAAGGAGUUUUGCAGCCCCGAGGCCCUACUCUCCUGCAACCCCAUCCCGCUUCGCCCAGGCAGUGUCUUCUGCUGUGAAAAGGAGCCAGUCCUUAUCCCACAGGCCAAAGACGCCUCACUCGCCUGUCUCAGCACCCCUCUCCCCAAUCACAAGUCCUUCAUCAGUCAUAGAGUCAGACGGAUUAUCUGAGAUCAAGGACGGUGAAGAUGGAGAAGUGGAUAGUGCAACAGGCUCCACUCUGCAGGGAGCAGAAGGUGAACCACCAUCUCUUGGUGGGAUUGUUCAAAUGGAAGGAGAGAGCUGUCCAUAGCAUAGCAGUGCCUCAAUUCUUGUGACAAUAUUUCAUCUACUGAGGAACGUAUCCUGCCUACUUUGAGUAGAACCCUGCAUCCCACAACAGAAGCAGAAACUGUCUUUUGUUUUACCUCUUUUGGUAGUCUCCAAUGGUGUACAUAAAAAGAUGUAUUUUGAUUAUUAAUACUUGCUGUAUUUUGGUUUAUUUUCUCAUAUGUCAUAAAGUAAUCUUCCUGACUCAUGUGCAUAUGUUAAUGCUUUUGUGUGACGACUAUCUUGCAUUUAAUGCAAUACUGUUGUGAGAAAACAAGAACGACAAAUUAGAACAUUUUUAUAAAUUAUUAGACUGAUUUCCACAGUUGUAAUAUUAUUGGGUUUAUAAAUAAUACUGGAUGUGUAGGACAGACCAGGUCUGACCUAUGGUACUUAAAUGCUCCUUAGAUUAUAUAUCAAAUCUGUACUUAAGUUACAAAGUUUUGAUUAAGCUAAAGCAAAAAUACACUGAUGUGCACAGUACACCUGUUGUUCUUGUCAAGCAGUGUUAUGAAUAAAGCUUUUAUC